CCGAGGCAUUCCCGGGCACCCACAAAGCAUCUGCCAGAUUCGUCCUCUUCGCAGUCUCCAUCGAUAUCACAGCGUAGUACAUCGUCAUUCCUCUCUUCUCUACCGAAGCCCUAGAAUUCCUCCUCUGCCAGCCAUCAACUUCGCGAAGUUUCAGCUCCAACUAUUCGCCAGCUAUGUCGAGGAAGAUGCUCAUAGACGGGGAACUGAGCCAUCCGGCCGAAGCGAAGGAACAUUACGAGUUUGAUUUGUUCGUUAUUGGAGCAGGAAGUGGUGGUGUUCGUGCGAGUAGAUUUUCAGCUAGUCAUGGAGCGAAGGUUGGCAUCUGUGAACUUCCAUUUCAUCCAAUCAGCACAGAAGUCAUUGGAGGAAUCGGUGGAACGUGUGUCAUUCGUGGCUGUGUUCCCAAAAAGAUUCUAGUGUAUGGGGCAUCUUUUGGUCCUGAGCUUCAGGAUGCUCGAAAUUUUGGUUGGGAAGUGAGUGAGAAAGUGGAUUUUGAUUGGAAGAAACUCUUAAAAAAGAAGACAGAUGAGAUAGUCCGAUUAAAUGGAAUUUACAAGCGUUUACUGUCUAAUGCGGGAGUGAAAAUGUAUGAAGGAGAGGGAAAGGUCGUUGGUCCACAUGAAGUUGAGGUGACACAACUUGAUGGUACCAAAUUAUGCUAUUCAGCAAAGCAUAUACUGAUUGCAACUGGCAGUAGAGCUGUGGUUCCUGAUAUUCCUGGGAAGGAGUUGGGGAUAACAUCUGAUGAGGCGUUGAGUUUGGAGGAGUUCCCUAAGCGUGUUGUGGUGCUUGGAGGAGGGUACAUUGCUGUUGAAUUUGCUUCAAUCUGGAAUGGGAUGGGUGCUAAAGUUGACCUAUGUUACAGAAGGGAACUUCCGUUAAGAGGUUUUGACGAUGAAAUGAGAGCAGUGGUUGCAAGGAACCUGGAAGGCAGAGGAAUUAAUUUGCAUCCAAGAACAAAUCUGAAAGAAUUGAUUAAAACAGAGAGCGGCAUAAAAGUUAUCACAGAUCAUGGUGAGGAGUUGGUUGCUGAUGCUGUGUUGUUUGCAACUGGUCGCGCUCCUAAUUCGAAAAGAUUAAAUUUGAAAGCAGCGGGUGUGGAAGUUGAUAAACAUGGUGCUGUGAAGGUUGACGAUCAUUCACGCACAAGUGUACCUAGUAUAUGGGCUGUUGGAGAUGUUACUAAUCGAAUGAAUCUUACACCCGUGGCUUUAAUGGAGGGAUCGUACUUUGCACAAACUGUGUUUGGUGGUGAGCCUAGCAAACCAGACUACAAUAAUGUACCCUAUGCUGUAUUCUGCAUACCUCCUCUCUCUGUUGUGGGCCUAAGUGAAGAACAAGCUGUAGAGCAAGCAAAGGGUGAUAUUCUGGUCUAUACAUCUUCGUUCAAUCCAAUGAAGAAUACAAUCUCUGGGCGACAAGAGAAGACGGUGAUGAAACUUGUGGUGGAUGCUGACACACACAAGGUCCUCGGCGCAUCCAUGUGUGGACCCGAUGCUCCUGAAAUUAUGCAGGGGAUCGCUGUCGCCCUAAAAUGUGGAGCAACCAAGGAACAAUUUGACAGCACUGUCGGAAUACACCCAUCUGCUGCAGAGGAGUUCGUAACGAUGCGAACUGUAACCAGGCGAAUUGAAGUGGGUAGUAUAUUGAAAACAAAUCUGUAAAACCCAAGCACUUUUUUUACAUCAGGAGGGGCCUUGUAACUUUGGAAGAUGGCAUCUCAUCUCCAUGGUAAGGAUAUGAAUUUGGUUUUGUUACUAUGCAUCAAAGGUUACGGGGUAUAAAUGAAACAAAAUGUUUUUUUUUUCUUUUUAAUAAUUAUUAUCAUUACUUUUUUUUUUUGUUGGAAUAAGGAGUGCUAUAGCCAAUAGGUUUCAAUUCAAUGUUUGCGGGGAUGUGCAUUAUUCAUGAUGUGGGCUUACUGAAUAUGAGUUGGGUAAUAUCAUGCGAUUAUUCUGUAAUUUCUACUGGAUUCCUUCUAUUUUUAUUGAGUGUCUAAGAAUUUUUUUUUUCCCGCUAA